GCCUAAUCUCUCUCUCUCCAACGUCUAUUAUAAAAAAAAAAAUCUGCCAUCGUUCCCUUGGGUAGAAAUUCAGAAUCAACUCUUCUGUAGUAUCUUCUCCUUCAGCUUGCAGAUAUACUCCUAGCUAUGGUUGAUUUCCUUACAAUUUCAUUUGAUGGGUGCUAACCAGAAGAUCAGCUCAUCUGCAGAACGAGAUGCUCGCUGCAGCUACUGUAUCGUAUUAUAUAGCACUCAGAAUAUUCCAAAAGCUUAUUAAGUCUGGUCAGAAUGGAUUAAGUUAUCCAUUCAUAAAGUACCUAAGGUUGUACAGAGAUGGAUUCCGUUAGAGGACAAGGAGGCAUCCAGAUGCUGCUAACAGCUGAACAGGAAGCUCAACACAUUGUUAACAGCGCUAGAAACUCGAAGAUGGCUCGCUUGAGACAAGCUAAAGAAGAAGCUGAGAGGGAAGUGCAACAGUAUCGCACCAAUAUGGAGGCUGAGUACCAAAACAAACUUUCAGAGACAAGUGGGAGUUCUGGAUCCAAUGUAAAAAGGCUCGAGGAAGAAACAGAAACGAAGAUUAAGAGCUUGAAGGAAUCAGCCUCCAAAGUCCAAUCAGAUAUUGUUGGCAUGGUUAUGAAGUAUAUCACUAAUGUGAAAAUUUGAAGCGUGCAGUCACAAUAUAUGUCGAGUUGGUGCAGAGAGAUCAUGGAAUAAUGGAGUGCAUAGCUAUAGCAGACAGGAUAGUUUUCAAAAAUCUUUUUAUCUUUGGAGAAUGUCUUAGCAAAGAAUUUCUCUAGUUCCUGUUUUCUUUUUAACAUGCUUCUAUUUCCUUCUGUACUGAUAAUAAUUUUGACAUUAUACUGUAUCUGAUAUACUGUAG